UCUCUAUCAGUCACUGGGUCACACUCUCUCACUUCACGUCCACAUCGCGCCGGACCGGGGAAGGAAGGAAUAACUUUUUCUUUUCUUUUCCGCUCCACCAAACAACGAGAACUGCGGACCCAACUUCCCACUUUCCCUCACUUCCCCCCCCCACCCCCACACUCACUUUCUCUGUCCCCCCCCCGGUCAGUGAGGACUUCUUCUCUCCCCCCCCCCCCCCUCCCCUACUCGCUCCACCGCAUCCAAAGUGCGCCAUGGUGACUUUACGCGCAGGAUUGGGCGUCUUUGGCUUCUUGUGAUUCAAAGUUGCAGCACGAGAGUCUCAUCGCAAAGCGUGCAGGUGAUGUUCAGGACUUUUCAAGUCAUCCGCAAGUGAGAAGAGGGUGUGUCGGAGUUGUUCCAGUCUCUUAAUUGUAAUGAUGUCUUCCAUGCGAGCAUCGCCUCCCUUUCACGCGCCGCCCGAGGAAGAGGCGCCGCUCGGCCGCAGCAACAACAACAGCGCGGCCUGGCUCGACGACCACGACCCCAAGGAGACCCCGUCGCCCUCCCCGCCCGAGCGGCCCCACCCCGGCGAACUCCAGCCAGUCAGAGAGAAGCGAGCGGACGACGACUCGUGGGACAACGUUACGUCGGCUACGAUGGAUACGGAGAGCACAAAUAAAGGCUCCUCCGUCGUUUACUCGUACCGGGCCAACUCCACCUCGCCGCCCAAGCCCGAAGAGUGCUCCCAGGAUCGUGGCGAGCUGACGGCAACGGGCGCGGGCUUGGCCCUGGGCACGCCGGAACGCCGUAAGGGGAGCCUGGCGGACGUGGUUGACACGCUGAAGCAGAAGAAGCUGGUGGAGAUGACUAAGACGGAACAAGACGAGCCGCUGUGCAUGGAGAGUCUCCUCUCCAAAGACUGGAAGGAGCGCGUGGACCGCUUCAACGCCACCGAGCUGCUGGGCGAUGUCAAAGGAACGGCCGAGUCUCUGGAGGAGAAGGAGCGUCAACUGUCGGCCAUGAUCGACCAGCUGAUCAGCCUGAGAGAGCAGCUCCUCUGCGCCCACGACGAGCAGAAGAAGAUGGCCUCCUCGCAGUUGGAAAAGCAGCGGCAGCAGAUGGAGCUCGCCCGGCAGCAGCAGGAACAGAUUGCCAGACAACAGCAGCAGCUCCUGCAGCAACAACACAAGAUCAACAUUCUCCAACAGCAGAUUCAGGUCCAAGGACACAUGCCUCCCCUCAUGAUCCCUGUGUUCCCUCACGACCAGAGAUCUUUGGCGGCCGCAGCAGCCGCCGCUCAGCAGGGCUUUCUCUUCCCACCGGGCAUGUCCUACAAGCCAGGUGACAACUACCCCAUGCAGUUCAUUCCUUCGACAAUGACGGCGGCCGCGGCAGCCGGGCUCAGUCCACUUCAGCUACAGCAGCUGUACGCCGCUCAGCUGGCAAGUAUGCAGAUCUCACCGGGGGCCAAGAUGGCGCCCGUCCCGCCGGGGGGGCCCAACGCAUCCGGCCCGCUGUCGCCCACCGCCCUCCAGAGCGAGAAGCGAGCGUCCAGUCCCCUCGUGCAGGUCAAGUUGGAGGAAGGCUCCACGCAGCCGCUCAACCUCUCGGCCCGGCCCAAGACGUCGCCAACGUCGCCUAACGCGCAAACGCUGUUUUCUGGCACCAAGAGCAGCCCCACAGGCGCCCCCAAGGCCCGCAUCCCCAGCCCGGUUUCCACCAUGAGCCGCAACGCCUCCCUGGACAUCCUUUCCAGCCUGAACUCCACGGCUCUUUUCGGGGACCAGGACGCCGUGAUGAAGGCCAUCCAGGAGGCCCGCAGCAUGAGGGAGCAGAUCCAGAGGGAGGAGGGACACCACCAGCAGGGACGACCUCCUCCUCCUCCACCACCACCGCCUCCUCAUCAUCUUCAUCAUCAUCAUCAUCAUCAUCAUGCUGCACCUCCCGGACACCAAAGUCUGGAGGCCAAACUGUCGGCGUUGAGCGGCAUGAGCCUUAACAAUGGCAACAAGGAGCGUCUGCACUACGAAACGCUGAGCCACCACCUGGGCAAGCUCGGGGAGGAUGCUGGGAAGAUGGUGCAUCGAGUCAUCGACCUGACCAGGCCGGAGGAUCUGGACGGAAGCAACAUCGCGGAGGCUCGCGUGUUCCGGGAAGCACGUGGCAGGAGCAACACCGAGCCGCAUAUCAAGAGGCCCAUGAACGCCUUCAUGGUUUGGGCCAAGGACGAGCGCAGGAAGAUCUUACAGACCUUCCCGGACAUGCACAACUCCAACAUCAGCAAAAUUCUAGGUUCCCGCUGGAAAGCGAUGACCAACCAGGAGAAGCAGCCGUACUACGAGGAGCAAGCGCGCCUCAGCAAGAUCCAUCUGGAGAAAUAUCCCAACUACAAGUACAAGCCGCGACCCAAGCGGACCUGCAUCAUCGACGGCAAGAAGCUGCGCAUCGGCGAGUACAAGCAGAUGAUGCGCUCGCGCCGUCAGGAGAUGAGGCAGUUCUUUGUCGGGCCUCAGGCUCCGCAUCCCCUUGGCAACAACGAGGGCGCCAUGGAUGUCUACCCGGGCACCAUCACCAUGGCGACGGCCACCACCCCCUCACCCCACCUGACCUCGGACUGCUCCAGCAACUCGGCCAGCCCCGAACCGGCCGCGCCCGUCAUCCAAAGCGGGUAUGACAUGGUCAAGGCCGAGCCGGCCGACGACGACACGGACAUGUACGACGACUACGAGGACGAGCCCAAAUCGGACUACAGCAGCGAGCAGGAGACGCGGCAGGACAUCAGCGCCAACUGAGCGCGCUCGCAAGAUACGUUGAAAUGACUUUUUUGAGGACAACCUUAACGACAAGGGGCCGGAAGCUGCGACAACUCCAGCAUCACGUGACCGCAUUGUUUUGUAUUGUUUUGUUUUGUUGCAACCAGCAUGCAUGGUCUCUUCAGCAGCUAUUUGGUCUUAAGUGUUUUAAAAGGAGUGAGCUCGUUUCAUUUUGUAUUUACAUUUUUUGAUGAUCUUGCUGUUUUUAUUACUUUUUUGUGUUUUAUUUUGAUUGGAUUUUCGCCGGACGGGCCACCUGUUGGGUGCCUGUACAAAAACUCUGGACUGGCACAACUUGAUAUUUGAGAAGAUUUAAUAUUAAAAAAAAAAAAAAAGAACAAAAAAAGAAUCUUAGCUCUUGUAAUCUUACAGUCUUACAUUCAUGUCUCAAACAAACACAGCACAUCAAAUUUAUUGUUGUUAUUAUUAUUAUUAUUAUUAUACUGAUAUGAUAUGAUAUGAUAUGAUAUAUAUGUAUAUAUCCCAGCUCAGGUAUGAUGUGCCAGCUUGUGAAUGUGUUUUGUUUUUGUACAAUGAGAGAUGUCAAUUGUUAUAACUGUCAAUCAAACACAGGGAGCAAUUCCCAUAUGACAUAAUAUUACUUCUUAUUGUUAUUGCUACAGAUUUUACACAAAAUGUGCCAAACCUACGUUCACAUUCACUCGGUAUUGUGUAGUCUUAACUUCCACAAAUGCUGCAAAAAAAGUCUUACAGGUUUAAGCUUCUCGGCACCGAUUAGGUGAACCACAUUGCCCGGAAUUCCUUGAGGCCAAACGCCAUCUUGUUAGCUCUUACAACACUUACAAUUCAUUCAGCAUGAUGGCGCUACUGUAAGAUGAGAAAGUUUCUCAUCACUGUAUUUCUAAUUGUUUUCCAUUGGUACGAAAAAUGUAUUAUUUUGCCUGGUGGACAUCUCUAACUGUCUCAGCCUAGGGUAGGUGACUUACACCAAACUUGUGUUCUAAAAAAAUAUAUAUUACGUAGUACCGGUCUUUUUUUUUUUUUUACCUGGCAUGUAUAGUUGGAAAUAAUUUAUUAAGGAAAACAAUUGAGGGAAAAUUUGUGCUGUUUUUAUUUGAACACUGUCCAUGGUCUCAGCUGCUAUUUAAAAAAAAAUAAUAAUAAUUUUUUGUGCUGCUUUAUUGUUUAAAAACAAAUUCAAAGGAAGUCAUUUUCAGGAAAAGACACCAUAUCAAUGAUGACAUUGAUAGCAUACAUGUUAAUACUGGGUUGUUGUUUUUUAAAUCCUGACUGUAGUGUCCCAAACAAAUCUCUUUUAAAAUGAACAGCAAUUAAAAUUAAAAUAAGAGGUAAAGCCCUUAGUCCUAACUGCUAAGCAGAAGCCUGAAGAAAGUCACAAUUACAACAAUGGUGAUGACAGUUAACUGUAGUGUCUGAAAAAUAAUUUCCCCCUCAAAAAAUCUAGACGCAAUAACAACAAUGGCCAGGACAGUCAAUGGGACUUCCGUUUAAAUUUCACACAGUGUAAAAUUAAAGAAGAAUAACUGCGAAUGCAUGUAUUAAAAAAAAUACAUUUUCCCCAUUUAAAAAAGUGUUUAAAAAAGUUCUUUGAACACUUAACGUAACUGUAAUCAGAAAUCAGAAAACAAAACAAAAAUAAAUUAAGGAAAAGGUAAAAUAAUGGAUUGAUAGUGAAGUGGACUAAUUUUGACCAUAAUACUUAAGUAGAAGAGGGUUUUUUUCGUGGUUUUGUUUUCCUGUCAUUUUGGAAAUGAUAAAAUAGUUUACAGUAGACAAAAGGCCAAGAAUUCAUCGUAAAUAUAAAUAUUUAUAUUAAUCUACAUAGAUGCAGUGUUUGACAUGGACAUGGUCUCAGUAAAGCACCCCGAUUUGAGCACUCGUUAUUUUCCCUCUUCUGGUGUCAUGCUGGUUUUAUUUUAUUUUAUUUUAUUUUUGGCAUUUUGAACAUCUUUCCACUUUCUACACUCAUUACCUCUGUUUUUGUUGAGCUUUUUUUUUUUUUUUUUUACUAUUAAUAUUAUAAAGACGAGCUUCACAAGCUGAGCCUCAGCAUCACUCGCAUGGCAGGCCAACUCCUGCUCGCCUCACACAUCCUAAGCACUGGAUAGAGCUUUUGACAUUUUAGUUUCUUUUUAUGUUCUCUUAUGACUGAGGUGAUAUUGUUGUUUUUGGUCCCAUGUUGUCGUCGCUUCGGCCAGAAGGUUUUUGUUUUUUGUUUUCCUCUGAUCUGGCCUCUGUUAAACCUCAUGACAUACAUACACUUUUUUUUGUGAUGACUAUUUUUGUUUCAAAUUGUGCGUUUUAACAUUUCAUUGUAUUUAUUAGCCAGCUGUGGCUCUAAAAAGUGUCAGUACAUGGCAUACUGGUGAGAAAGACAAUCAAAGGAAAAUAAGAAAUAAAUGAGAAAUAAAAACUGCA